GCUCCGCUUCCUUCCCUGCGGCCCUGAUCCAGCUGCAGGGACUGGUGUGGGGGGGCCCUGCUGCUGGGGCCUGGCCUGGGAAGUGGGGGAGGUCCCAGGGGGGUGCAGGAGUCACUUGGGGUGCCCCUGAGCUUGGCUGUCUUUUGGGCAGCAGCUGGGGGGCUGCUCUGGGACCCCCCAAGCCUCCCCACGUAGGGCUGGCAGUGGUGGGACCCAGUGCCUGGGUGGGGAGGGGCCGGGCCAGGCCAGGGGGGCUGCAGGGGUGCACCGCAGCUGGGAUGCAGUCGCCUGAGCCGCCUGCGCUGCCCAUGCCCUGGCACGGUGCCCCCGCGCCUCCCCGGCCCCUGGCCAGCCCGGUGGCCUCGGAUGAGGAGUACCUGAGCCCCCCGGAGGAUCUGCCUGAGCCUCCCGCCCCCCGGGCCCGUGCCCCGGACCCCGGCAUCAAGGCGGCGCCAGCCUUCGAGGCGACGCUGUCGGACCAGGCGGUGCUGGAGGGGCAGGACGUCAACAUGAGCGUGCGGGUCCGUGGGGAGCCCAAGCCCAUCAUCUACUGGCUGAGGAACCGGCAGCCGGUGAAGUACGGGCGCCGGCACCGUGCGGUGGAGGAGGAGGAUGGCGGUGCCUUCACGCUGCGCAUCGCGGCGGCUGAGCUCACCGAUUCUGGCUACUAUGUCUGCAAGGCCAUCAAUGAGUACGGCACGCGGCAGUGCGAGGCCAAGCUGGAGGUCAGAGCGCACCCCGCCGGGUCGGCGCUGGCCGUCGUGGCACCGCUGCAGGACGUGGUGGCCGGGGCGGGGGAGGGGGCGCUGUUCGAGUCCGGGGGGGGGCGCCUGCUGCAGCCUGCCCUGCUCCAGUGCAAGAUGCACUUUGACGGGCGCAAAUGCAAGCUGCUGCUCAGCUCUGUGCACGAGGACGACAGCGGCGUCUACACCUGCAAGCUCAGCACCGCCAAAGAGGAGCUGACGUGCAGCGCCCGGCUGACGGUGCGGCCCCCGCUCUUCACCCGCCCGCUGGAGGACCUGGCCGUGGUGGAGGGGCGCGCGGCCCGCUUCGACUGCAAGAUCAGUGGCAACCCGCCACCUGCUGUCACCUGGACCCAUUUCGGGCUGCCGGUGCAGGAGAGCGAGAAUGUGCGGGUGCUGCGGGACCGGGGGCUGCACUCGCUGCUCAUUGCGCACGUGGGUGCCGAGGACGAGGGGCGCUACGCCGCCAGCGCUCGCAAUGCCCACGGCCAGGCUGAGAGCGCCGCCCAGCUCUACGUGGAGGAGCCACAUCCCGCUGCCACCGCCCACGCCUCCAAGCUGGAGAAGAUGCCGUCCAUCCCUGAGGAGCCAGAGCAGGUGGAGACAGAGGCCGAGCGCUUCACCAUGCCCGACUUCCUGCGGCCGCUGCAGGACCUGGACGUGGUGGAGGGCAAGGAGGCGGUGCUGGAGUGCCAGGUGGCCGGGCUGCCCUACCCCACCAUCGCCUGGUUCCACAACGGCGCCCGGCUCCGCAGCGCCGACGACCGCCGCAUGACGCAGUGUAGGGCUCCCCCCGCGGCCCCGCCUGAGCUACGCUGGCUUGCACCUGCCAAGUACCGCACCCAUGCCCGUGCCCACCCGUGUCCUGCAGAUGUGGUGCCAACACCUCCCGAUGGCCCUCCCACCGUGGCUGCGGUGACCGGCAAGGCCAUCACGCUCACCUGGAACAAGCCCCGCUGGCUGGAUUCGGCCAUCGACCCGGCCACCGUGACCUACACCAUCCAGCAGCAGGUGGUGGGCACCAGCCACUGGACAGUCUUCGCCACGGGUGUGCGGGACACGGCCUACACGGUGCACGCGCUCACCAAGGGGGCUCUCUACCUCUUCCGCGUCAUCACCGCCACCCCCAAGGCCAGCAGCAAGCCGUCGCCGCCCGCCGGACCUGUGCAGCUGCUGGACCGCGGCCCCUACUUGGAGGAGGCGCCGGUGAUCCUGGACAAGCCGGACGUGGUGUUCCUGGUGGAGGGGCAGCCAGCCACCAUCACCGUCACCCUCAACCACGUGGAGGCCACGGUCACCUGGAGGAGGGGCGAGGUGGUGCUGGGCGAGCAGGACAGGGCGUACGAGCUGAGCAUGCCGGACGACGACCAGCACAGCCUGCGCAUCUUCCGGACGGGCCGGGCCGAUGCCGGGGAGCUGGCCUGCGAGGUGCGCAACCCGCACGGCGCCGACACCUGCUCCAUCGCCCUCGAGCUGGCAGAGGCUCCGCGCUUCGAGUCCAUCAUGGAGGACAUCGACGUGGGCGCAGGCGAGACGCCGCGCUUCGCCGUGGUGGUGGAGGGGAAGCCGCUGCCCGACAUCAUGUGGUUCAAGGACGAGGUGCGGCUGGAGGAGAGCGCCCACGUGAGCUUCGUGUACGACGACAGCGAGUGCUCCCUGGUGCUGCUGGGCGCCACCCCUGAGGACGCCGGCGUCUACACCUGCACGGCCCGCAACCCCGCUGGCCUCGUCUCCUGCAAGGCCGAGCUGGUCGUGCGCCCAGCCCAGCCCAAGGCCGAGGCGGCAGCGAGCGAGGACAAGGCGCGGCGGCUGACCGACUGCUACGAUGUGCAUGAGGAGAUCGGGAGAGGGGCCUUCUCCUACCUGCGGCGGGUGACGGAGAAGAGCAGCAUGCUGGAGUAUGCCGCCAAGUUCAUCCCCGGGCGGGCCAAGGCCAAGGUGUCGGCGCGCCGGGAGCUGCACAUCCUCUCGCGCCUGGACCACGAGCGCAUCGUCUACUUCCACGACGCCUUUGAGAAGAAGAACGCCCUCAUCAUCGUCAUGGAGCUCUGCGCGGAGGAGGAGCUGCUAGACAGGAUGGCCAGGAAGAUCGCCGUGUCCGAGUCCGAGGUGAGCGCCUACAUGCGGCAGGUGCUGGAAGGGCUCCGCUACCUGCACCAGUGCGGCAUCCUGCACCUCGACAUCAAGGUUGCAGGCCCCCCGGCGUGGCCCUCACGGCACCCCGUGUCACGCAGCCUGACCGGGAUCUCGCCCUUCGUGGGCGAGAACGACCGCACGACGCUGAUGAACAUCCGCAACUACAACGUGGCCUUCGAGGAGCGUGGCUUUCGUGGGCUGACGCGCGAGGCCAAGGGCUUCGUCAUCAAGGUGCUCGUCAGCGACCGCCUGAGACCCGACGCGGAGCAGACGCUGGAGCACCCCUGGUUCAAGGCCGAGGACCGGCGGGAGGCGGAGGGGGCCGAGGCACCCGAGAAGCGCACGCCCUUGCUGUCCCGGCUGCGCCGCGCCAACUCGGAGGGGCAGAGCCUGCGCCAGGUGGGCGUCCCCCAGGACCAGCUGGUGGUCCAGGCCGCUGUUGCGCCCCCCUCGUCCGAGUCCCUCGGCUCCGAGGCCAGCGCCCGCUCCGACAUCUCUGCUAAAGCCCCCGGGCGCUCGCGCUGGGACCGCUGGGGCCUGUCGCGGCCCAAGAAGGACAAGGUGGCCUCGCAGCCCAACCUGCCGGCCAGCGUCCUGCGCGAGGACGGUGCCGCGCCGGGCCGCCCCUACCUGCCCAGCGAGUCAGACUUCCCCCCCGUGUUUCACAUCAAGCUGAAGGACCAGGUGCUGCUGGAGGGCGACCCGGUGACUCUCUGCUGCCUACCAGCCGCCAGCCCCACUCCCCGCAUCAUCUGGAUGAAAGACAAGCGGCCGCUGGAGCCGACGGACGGGGCGACCGUGGUGUCAUGCAAGGACGGGCGCCAGCUGCUGACCAUCGCCAAGGCCGGCCGGCGGGAUGCGGGGCUGUACGAGUGCGUCGCCGCCAACGCCCUGGGCUCUGCUGCCAGCUCCUGCACCCUGGCAGUGGCACGGCUCCCCGGGAAGCCAGGCACCCCCGAGAUCCCGCAGAAGUACAAGAACACGGUGCUGGUGCUGUGGAAGCCCUCGGACAGCCAGGCCCCCUGCACCUACACGCUGGAGCGCAAGGCCAACGGGGAGCACGAGUGGAAGAUCAUCAGCUCGGGCAUCGCCGACUGCUACUUCAACGUGACGGAGCUGCCGCCUGGCACCACCGUGCGCUUCCGCGUCGCCUGCAUCAACAAGGCCGGGCAGGGCCCCUACAGCAGCCCCUCCGAGAAGGUCGUGGUGGAGGGCACAGAGCCCCCCGGUGCCAGGAAGCCGGUGGCUGCCACCCCUGAGAGAGAGGCUGCCUCCCGGUCCACCCAGACGCCUCGGGACCAGAGCGCUGGGGCUGCACCGGCUACCCCACCCCACGCGCACCAGGCGGUUGGGCCCGGCGCUGCUGAGGACGAGGCGGUGCCUGAGCCUCCCCCGGGCAGUCCCGCUCCGGCCAUCACGGAGUCGGCCCCGCCGGAGCCAGCGCUGACGCCGGCCAGGACUGCACCCCCUGUUCCGGCUGCAGCCGCCCCCGAUGGACCAGUCUCACCAGCGCCCACGGCUGUCCCACAUGCCCGGGUCUCACCAGUGCCCACAGCUGUGCCAGCCCAGGUCUCACCAGCGCCCACGGCUGCGACAGUCCAGGUCUCACCAGCGCCUAUGGCUGUCCCACAUGCCCGGGUCUCACCAGUGCCCACAGCUGUGCCAGCCCAGGUCUCACCAGCGCCCACGGCUGCGACAGUCCAGGUCUCACCAGCGCCUAUGGCUGUCCCACAUGCCCGGGUCUCACCAGUGCCCACAGCUGUGCCAGCCCAGGUCUCACCAGCGCCCACGGCUGCGACAGUCCAGGUCUCACCAGCGCCUAUGGCUGUCCCACAUGCCCGGGUCUCACCAGUGCCCACAGCUGUGCCAGCCCAGGUCUCACCAGCGCCCACGGCUGCGACAGUCCAGGUCUCACCAGCGCCUAUGGCUGUCCCACAUGCCCGGGGCUCACCAGUGCCCACAGCUGUCCCAGAUGCCCGGGUCUUGCCGGCACAUGCGGCCACACCAGCCCGGGUCUCGCCUGCCCCUGCAGCCACCCCAGAUGCCGGGGUCUCCCCAGCCCCCGCAACUGCCCUAGGGGCCAGGGUCUCGCCCCCCCCACCGGCCCAGCCAGCCUCCAAGUUCUCCCCCAUUGCGCCGGCGGCCCCCUCUGCCAACGCGGCACCAGUGCGGAAGGUGGCCCCGUCAGCGGCCCCCAAGUUCAUGGUCACCUCCUUCGUCUCCCUGCCGCCCGCACCGCCGCCCACCGAGGACGUGCCCGCGGCCCCUGCGCCCAGCCGCAUCAGCCCUGUGGGGCGAGAGGCCCCCGCGGCCAAGGACAGCUCGGGGCUGCACCAGGGGGUGCCGCAGAAGCCCUACACCUUCCUGGAUGAGAAGGCCAGGGGCCGGUUCGGGGUGAUCCGGGAGUGCAAGGAGAACGCGACGGGGAAGCGGUUUGUGGCCAAGAUCGUGCCGUACGAGGCGGAGCGGAAGCAGAGCGUGCUGCAGGAGUACGAGGUGCUCAAGGCGCUGCGACACCAGCGCAUCAUGGCCCUGCACGAGGCCUACAUCACGCCCCGCUACCUCGUGCUCAUCUGCGAGAGCUGUGCCGGCAAGGAGCUGCUCUACAGCCUCGUCGACAGGUCCCGAUACUCUGAGGACGACGUGGCGAGCUACCUGCUGCAGGUCCUGCAGGGCCUCGAGUACCUGCACGGGCGCCGUAUCGUGCACCUGGACAUCAAGCCCGACAACAUCCUCGUCUCCUGCAUCAACACCAUCAAGAUCGUCGACUUUGGCAGCGCCCAGACCUACAACCCGCUGGUGCUGCGGCAGCUGGGACGGCGCGUGGGCACGCUGGAGUACAUGUCCCCGGAGAUGGUGAAGGGCGACCCGGUGGGCUCGGCGGCCGACGUCUGGGGGGUCGGUGUCCUCGCCUACCUCAUGUGA